UGGGUGGUUCCUCUGGGUUUUUGAGUCCAUCACCCAGUUCAGAUCCAGUCAGAGGCCAAGGAGGAGAACAUGAUGAUGGACCUUUUUGAAACUGGCUCCUAUUUCUUCUACUUGGACGGGGAAAAUGUUACUCUGCAGCCCUUAGAAGUGGCAGAGGGCUCUCCUUUGUACCCAGGGAGUGAUGGUACCCUGUCCCCCUGCCAGGACCAAAUACCCCCGGAAGCUGGGAGUGACAGCAGUGGAGAAGAACAUGUACUGGCGCCCCCCGGCCUGCAGCCUCCCCACUGCCCCGGCCAGUGUCUCAUCUGGGCCUGCAAGACCUGUAAGAGAAAAUCUGCCCCCACUGACCGGCGGAAAGCCGCCACCCUUCGCGAGAGGAGAAGGCUAAAGAAAAUCAACGAGGCCUUUGAGGCACUGAAGCGGAGGACCGUGGCAAACCCCAGCCAGAGGCUGCCCAAGGUGGAGAUUCUGCGCAGCGCCAUCAGCUACAUUGAACGACUGCAGGACCUGCUGCACCGGCUGGACCAGCAGGAGAAAAUGCAGGAGCUGGGGGUGGACCCCUUCAGCUACAGACCCAAGCAAGAAACUCUCGAGGGUGCGGAUUUCCUGCGCACCUGCAGCUCCCAGUGGCCAAGUGUUUCGGAUCAUUCCAGGGGGCUGGUGAUAACUGCUAAGGAAGGCGGAGCAAGCAUUGAUUCGUCCGCCUCGAGCAGCCUUCGAUGCCUUUCUUCCAUCGUGGACAGUAUUUCCUCCGAGGAGCGCAAACUCCCGGGCGUGGAGGAGGUGGUGGAGAAGUAACCGCUGCCGCAGAGCGCUUGGACCUUUCCGCCCAGGGGCAGGAAGACCCCUCCGCCUCAUCGUGUAGAUUAGAUCACGUUGCAUUAAUAUUUAGGAACUCAGAUUUCAGCGUUUUUGAAAGGGACAGAGAGACCUAUUCUCAAAGAAACUGUUGUGCAGAUUCAAACGAAAAAGGCCUUUGGCUUCGGGCUUUUGUUCUUUGGAACCUGGAGUGGCUUAGGUCUAGCACCCUUAUUUUUGUUGUUACUGGCUUUGUUAUGUAUUCGCUUUUGUUACAGUGAUUCUUUUGUGCCAAUACAAAAGAAGUUCAUUCCUGUCGAAAUGGAAAUGUUUAAUUUUAGUGGUACUUAAAUGUAUUUUUGUAAAUAACCUUAGUACUUUCUUUUUUAUGUAAACCUAAGAAAUAUAUUUUAAACGUGGAAUGAUGAAUUGUAUAUAAAAUGUGUGAGGAUCCCGGUAUUGUAAUAUUAAAAAAUAAGUUUCUAUAUGAAUAAAGUUGGUUUAAAUUUGA